UGUCAACAUAACCUCACUUUUCUGACAUGUCAUCAGCUGAUUGCAGUUUACGCACAAUUGUUAUUGCAAUGCUUACAAUGCAAUUUUUUUAAUUUAAAUUUUUUACUUUUCGAGUGUAAAAUAAAGAAAAAGAGAAGUGAAAUUUGUGGAUAAAUGUAGUUGUAGAAAAAAAUCCAGUUCUUAAUAUUUUAAUCGUUUUGAUAAGAUAAGAGGAGGGAAAUAAGGGGAAGAAGAGUGAGGAAUUGGAGAUAAAUAUUCGCAUAUAUAAUUGUAUAAAAAUUGGUGGUAAACAUGAAGAUAAACGAGAAGAAUAUGAUGGCGUUUGCAACGUCGGCAACACCCGUUGAUCGCGAGGGUUGGCUCAAUAAACGUGGGGAAGUGAAUCGCGGUUAUCAGCGAAGAUGGUUCGUUCUCAAGGGGAAUAUUUUAUUCUAUUUCGAUCGACGCGGUGACAAGGAGCCCGUGGGAAUGAUCGUCCUCGAGGGCUGCACCAUUGAACUCGCCGAGGACGAGGAGCAAUUUGGUUUCAAAAUUGUUUUUCACGGUCCAAAUAAUCGGAGUUACGCUCUCGGCGCAGAGUCGCAGGAAUCGAUGGAACAGUGGAUGAAAGCGUUAGCGUGCGCCAGUUACGAUUACAUGAAGUUAAUGGUCGCCGAAUUGCAACGGCAAUUGGACGCUGCCGAAGAAGAGACGACGGCAAUAACGCCGCAGCAGGAGUCGCCAAAAGCACCGCCUCGACAAAGGCACAAUCCAUUCAAUCGCCCCGAGUCGCAUCAUCGUUCGCAAAGCGUCAGAUCGGCACCCGGACGAACUGAAAAUGUUCCCCGAACGCGAGUCUCCUUCAAGGAAUUACACAAUUUAUACGGACGCAAAAUUCUCGUCGAUCUCAAUGAAUGGAGACACGCGAAACGAAGUGCCGAAGCGCCACUUAUUUAUCUCUAAAGAAAAAUGGGGGAAAAAGUGCAAAAAAAGGAAAAAAGAAA